ACCUGAGGAGAUGGCUGGAGGAGGCAUAGACACAAGGGUUAGCCAUAGGGCUGCGUCGUAUGAAUAUAAGGUCACUCGCUACUUAAUUUUUAGCUGUAUCGUCGGUGCUGUUGGUGGUGCUCUUUUCGGCUAUGAUCUUGGUGUUUCAGGAGGAGUGACAUCAAUGGAUGAUUUCUUGGUUAAAUUUUUCCCACUUGUGUAUGAGAGAAAGCAUUCGCACCUAAAGGAAACAGAUUAUUGUAAAUAUGACAACCAGAUUCUGACGCUCUUCACGUCUUCUCUGUAUUUCGCCGCACUGGUGAUUACCUUCGCAGCCUCCCACCUCACCAGAAAGAAGGGAAGAAAAGCCAGCAUCAUCGUCGGAGCUCUCAGCUUUCUCGUCGGCGCUAUCAUCAAUGCAUCCGCCCAGAACAUCGCCAUGCUCAUCAUUGGCAGGAUUCUUCUCGGCGCCGGCAUCGGAUUUGGCAACCAAGCUGUUCCUCUGUACCUGUCGGAGAUGUCACCUGCGAAAAUCCGAGGAGCAGUGAACCAACUAUUUCAAUUCACGACAUGUGCCGGAAUCUUGGUGGCGAACCUUAUCAAUUACUUCACAGACAAAGUUCAUCCUCAUGGGUGGAGAAUCUCCCUGGGGCUUGCCGCAUUGCCAGCUAUUCUGAUGCUGAUCGGAGGCAUUGUGUGUCCGGAGACGCCCAACAGUCUGGUGGAACAGGGCAAGUUAGAAGAAGCGAGACGAGUGUUGAAGAGAGUGAGAGGAACAGACAACGUGGAAGCGGAGUUCCAAGACCUGAUCGAUGCCAGCAAGGAAGCACAAGCCGUGAAGGACCCCUUCCGCAACCUUUUGAAGAGAAAGUACAGGCCUCAGUUUGUGAUUGGAGCUCUGUGUAUCCCUGCUUUUCAGCAGCUCACCGGAAACAACUCGAUUCUCUUCUACGCUCCUGUCAUCUUCCAGACUCUGGGUUUUGGCUCUAGUUCCUCUCUAAUUUCAUCACUCGUCUCCAGUUCAGCGCUCAUCGUCGGCACUCUCGUCUCCAUGGCUUUGGUCGACAGAUUUGGAAGGAGAGGUUUCUUCAUUGAAGCUGGCUCUGAAAUGAUUGUCUACAUGGUGGCUGUGGCGGCGGUUUUGGCUAAAUAUUUUGGACAUGGAGAAGAGCUGUCAAUACCAAUAGCUGCAAUUCUGGUGGCUGCGAUAUUCUUGUUUGUAUUUGCGUACGGAAGAUCGUGGGGUCCGUUGGGUUGGCUGGUUCCGAGCGAGCUCUUUCCCUUAGAGAUAAGGUCGUCGGCGCAGAGUGUGGUGGUGUGCGUGAACAUGAUCUUCACGGCGUUGGUGGCACAGUUAUUUCUAGCAUCACUGUGCCAUCUGAAGUAUGGGAUCUUCUUGCUGUUUGCGUGCUUGAUAGUGAUUAUGUGCACUGUGGUGUAUUUCUUCUUGCCGGAGACGAAGAGGGUGCCGAUUGAAGAGAUAUAUCUAUUAUUUGAGAAUCACUGGUUCUGGAAGAAUUACGUGGGACAACGUCACCAGGAUACAUUAGCGGAGCCAGAGAAGCUGGGAGAGAGCAAGCCCGCUCAUGCCUAGGUUUCCAUUUCUCUGUUUUUGUUUUUUGUUUUUUUGUUUGGUUUUAGUAGGAAGUUACUAGACUUAGGUUAAAAACCGAGUAGUCUCCCGCCCCCGCCCCCCCUUUUUUCCCAAUUUGUGUAGUUUCAAUUUUUUUUCCAGCA